AUGUAGGAGUUAACAGAACUUAAGAACUUAGUUAUACAAUCUCUUGAGGCUAAUGGAUCUCUAGCAAAAAUAAGAGCUUAGAUAAGGGCCUCUGUCUUUAAUGUAGUUGAUCAAUAGGAAGGCAAUAAUAAAAAACCAUCUCCAUUUUUUUGGGAAAAUAACAAAGCCCAAACUAUUUAUGAACUAGGAUGUGGAAGAGAUAUGCUAGAAUUAAUUAAAGAAUUUUUUAUAUUUUUUGAAAUGCACUACACAAACUCGAUCUUUUCGAGUGAGAGCAACUUAAGAGAGGAAAUCAAUAGAGAUUAGAUUGCAAAAAAAUUGAAUAUAGAUGCCACUGAUUCAACUAAGCCAUUAUUAUACUUCUUGCUAAAAAAUAGAUAGCCUGAAAAAAAAUCGGAAGAAAAAGUGUAACCAUAAAAAUUUGCACAACCCUCCCCCAAAGAAGUACAAAUAUAGUAAUAGUAAUAACAAUAAUAAAAAUUGCAAGAUCAAAAACUCUAAGAAUAAAAGAGACAGGAUGAAUAAAAGAAGUAAGAGGAAUUGAAAAAGUUGGAAGAACAAAAAAAGCAGGAUGAGUAAAGAAAAUUAGAUGAAUAAAAAAGAUAAUAAUAAGAAGAACAACGAAGAAUUGAAGAUUAGAAAAAAGAUUAGUUAAGAAAACAAUAAGAGGAAUAACGAAAAAUGGAAGAAUUAAAAAAAUAAUAAGAUUAAUAAAAACUUGAAUAGCAAAAAUAAGAAUAACAAAGAUUAGAACAUUAAAAAUAAGAAUAAUAAAAAAAGGAAUAGGAAAAAUUGAAAGAAUAAUAAAAAUAACAGGAAUUGCUAAAAUAAUAACAAGAAAAAGAGAAACUUGAAGCAGAAAAGAGAAAAGUCCAAGCUAAAAAAUUCGAACAUAGAAACUAUGAGGAUGAAAAGUUUGAUAAUGAGGACUUAGAAGAAUAAUUAGAAGGAGAAGAUUUGAGAGAUUCUUAAUUGCAAUAAGAUUAGUUUUAAGAGUCGGAUGAAUACAUGCAAUAAUCAUAAUCAUAAGGAAUAGACAUGACUGUUGAUUCUGAAGCAUUGAAUGAAUUCGAUUAUUAUGAAGAUAUAGAAGAUAUGGAUUGA